AGAAGAGGCAGCCGGCGUGAAUUUUGUUUAUAUAAUUUGUUAUUAAAAAACAAUACAAAAUUUACAAAAUGGAGGAGUGGGAAUCCGAUAGUAUCGUGGAGAAAUGGAUACAAGAGCAUGACAAAACUUUUAUGUCAUUGCCAUCAUUUGAAUCUGAGCCCCAUCUUCUUAUAUCCAAAGUUCGUAAGCACUAUAUGGAAUAUCUUAUCAAAUUACUAUCAGUAAAUUAUGAGAAUAACCAGAAACUGCUUAAUAAGAACAUAUAUCUACCCAGUGCUAUUUGGAGAUGUGCUAAAAUGAUAGAGAUGUCAGCAGCACAAGCUUCUAUGGUGGUUCAUCUAUAUAGAAAGAGUGUUACUGAUGUGAUCAAAGGCUUAAAAAAUUCCACAAGUAAAGGUUUACUGUACAGAAAACUGUAUGAGUGCCUCCACUAUGCACCUGAAAAUGAAAAAAAAGUACAAGCUACCUUGAGCAGGUCUAAAGACUGCAUCUGUCCAUGUUCAUGUAACCAAAGAAAGAAAGUGAAAAGAGUUUCCGAAUCCCCAACAGAUAUGAAUAAAAAUGUUGGCUUGCCACUAAAUAAUACUAUAUUGGCACCAAUCCCAAAUAAUAUUGUGAUACAGCCACAAACAGAUAUAAGUAUGGCUAAACACAAUAGUUCUUCACCCAUGCCUAGUAUAAGAGCUUCAAUAGAUAUGCCAGACUCUGAUGAAUUAACACAGCAGCUCGAUAAAUUAUUUCAAGGUGAAGAAAAUGAUGAUGAUCUAUUUGAUAGUGCUCUCUGCAUGACAGACAACUCCAAGAUAAGUAAUGAGAGUACAAUGGCAACAAGUAUCGAGAGCCAGCAAGUAAAUAUGCCAAUUCAGCAAGAGAAUCAAGAGCCGCUGAAAUGUUUGGAUGAAAGACUGGCUUUACUGAGUGGCAUAUUAGUUAACAAUGCUGAAACUUCAACUCAGGAUCCUGUAAAUAACAGUAUAAUUAAAAAAUCAAAUCCGAGACCAACUAAAUGGUUAUGUGAAGAGUAUUUCCAAAAAGUUAAACUGUAUGAAUUGCUGGACCAAAUCAGAGAUUGUGACAGAAAUAAAUUUAUUAGGGUGAAAGAAAGACUACUGAAUCUUUUUGGUGAUGACAGUGAUGAUGAAGGUGUGGUCUCACCUCUGGAGGAGAGCCCUGAUUUUGUAGCCAGUUGCAAAGAACGAAUCGCACCUUGGGUAGUCAAAAUACUGACACCAUAUUAUGUAAAGGGCAGGAUCAGAGGGAAAAACCUGUUUAAAUCAUUGGCCAAACAUUUAAUAAGGCUUAUAUACCAGUGCAGUAAAUAUCCACAGGAGUAUGAAGUGCAAAGUUUUGUCAAAGAUUUUCUGGAUACCCACAAAAUGAUCAGAUGUGAAGCAGAUUUCAGGCAAUUUAGAAUAGAAAAUUUUUAAAGCUGUGCGAAUGUGUUUACAAUUUGUUUACAUAGGGUAAACCAAAUGGAAUAUUUCAUAUUACAUAAUGAUUGUAUUCCCUUAAGUUUGUUAUUUUUGUACAAGAUAACAGAAAAGUAUUAUGAAUAUAGAAUUGUGUCAUAUGUUAGUUAGUAUUUUGUUAAUUACUUAAAUAUGGCAUGUUUAAAAACUUUGGUUCCUUGUUUUUUUUGUUUAUUUUAAUGUUUUAUUACUUAAUCUAAAACUGAAACUAAGAUCAUUGUGGUUCAAUGGUCUUAAAAAUAUUUUGUUCACUACUUAUACAGCUUAGUUUUAAGUGAUCUUUUACCCUAGGGUAAAGUUUUUGCUAUAAUAUUAUUUUACUAGAUUUAUUUCAUUGUACUUUGUUAAAUACAAAUAUACCAAGGCAGGAUAUAAUUUUUGGUUUAAUCAGCAAUUCUUAACUAUUUUGUAUUUUACCUCUAGCUUAUUCCUGUUACUUUAUACACGUCGAUUUGCAAUUUUAAAAGAAGCAUUAGAAUUUCUCAAAUUCCUUCCUAGGGUAACCUAGAUUGUGCACUAACACCUAGGGUACUAUUUCCUCAAAGUAUUUCUCUAGAUGCAGUGGUUUAGACUACAUUAUCUUCCAGUCACUGUACUACUGUUUUAUAAUGUAUAGAUAAUGUACAUAAUAAUAUUGUCUAUAUUAAGACUUCAUUGCAGAGAAAGUGUUCAUACUUAUUAGUUAAAGCCUAGAACUGUUUGUGGAUAGAUUUAUACAAAAUGAAACACUUAUUCAAUUAUUAUAUUAGAAAUGUCUUUAAUUAAUUUAAGUAAUGGUAACUAAAAUUAAAAGCAAUAACUAAACCUAAAAAGUCUGGAGAAGAAAUCGAAAGAAACAAUAAGAUAUUAUAGUUAAUAAUUGAUAGAUCUAUUAAAUUGUAACCAUCCAUUUAAGGCCAAAACUGCACUCAUCAGUGACACUCGGCGGGCAGGUCUGACUUCUGAUAUUUUUUUACUUUGCAUUCUAAAACGAAAGUUUAGUAAUAUAUUAUGUCAGCGAAUAGUGGAUCUAAGCGACACGUUUAUUAUGUGACAUCUUUUUCCAUGACAUUAUUAACAGUUAUUUUAAUAGGUGCUAAAAAAGCCAUGGAAAGUCUUGGAAGCACAAUGCGCGACGGACACUGCACUUACUACUGUAAGCACGUACAAUUUGUAAUGAAUUAUAAGGAACUGAUACAAAACAUGUACGCGACUGCACGGCUUGGCGGUGUGGCCUCUGGAUGCAUUCAUCAGUUCCUUGGACACGUUAUCGCGUAUUGUGUGUCCAAGUCUUACAUUACAAUAUUGCAUGGCAAAAUUACUAUACUGUACAGCAAAGAUACUAUAUUUGCAAUUAAUGUGCCUAUUUUAUUUGUACUGAGACCAUCCAUUAUCUUUUAAGGGGUCAAUCAAUUUCCAAAAUGUCCACAAUAGAGAUUAUAAACUAGGACAAGUAUAGGAGAGGUGUCAUAGAAACUAAUGGAUGGUCUUAAAAAGUGAUUGUUACAUGCCUGAAUGGCAUAUUAUGUUGAAUAAAAAUAAACAGUAAAAUAUUA